AUGAAAAAUGAGAAGAUAUCCAAGGUGUGGAAACCUGUUACUAAAAAACUGAAUAUUGUUCACCAAGAAGAUAACAGUCAAGUCCCUAGAGAAGAGGAAAAAGCUAGUGAGGUAUCUGAAGGGAAGACACCAGAACCUGUCAAACCAUCAGAGGAUUGGACUAUAGUUACAUCUAGGAAAGUUGACAAAGGAAAUAAAGAUAUGAGUCACACCCCCAAUAACUCUUUUAUGAAAUAUCAGAAUCUCUUUACUCCCCUUAGGAUUGGAGACUAUCCUAGGGGAGACAACAAUCUUGACCAAUGA